CUUUUACUUGCUAUAGAGGGAGAGGGCCACAAUCCAUAAGCAGGUUCAUCCACCAGCAACAUGGGAACCCCUCAUCCAAGCCCCAUCGCUCCCUCCCAAACCCGUAUUGGAUGGAUAGGCAUAGGCGUAAUGGGGGCCGCCAUGGCCUCUCGCCUCCUCUCCGCCGGCUACUCCCUCACCAUCUACGCCCGCACACCUUCCAAAUCACUCUCUCUACAAUCCCAAGGCGCCCGCCUCGCCUCUUCGCCACGUGAUCUCGCUCAACGAACAGACGUCGUCUUCACCAUGCUGGGACACCCAUCAGAUGUUCGAGAAAUUGUCCUUGGUUCAGACGGUCUUCUCUCUGGCCUAAACCCCAGCUCCGUCAUGAUCGACACCACCAGCAGUCACCCUGCGCUCGCCCGAGAGAUUUUCGCGGCUUCGCGCGAGAAAGCUUGCUGGGCUGUCGACGCGCCGGUGUCUGGGGGUGACAUUGGCGCUAGAGAUGGGAAAUUAGCUAUAUUUGCCGGUGGUGAUGGUGGAGUUGUGAAGUGGUUGACACCAUUGUUUGAGAUUUUGGGGAGGGUUACGUAUGUGGGUGAAGCGGGGUGCGGCCAUAGUUGCAAGAUAGCCAACCAGAUAACGGUGGGAGCGAACUUGUUGGGGCUGAGUGAAGGGUUGAUGUUUGCAGAGCGAGCGGGUCUGGGUGUUAGGCAGUUUAUGGAGGCGGUGAGGGGCGGGGCGGCAGGGUCGAUGGUAAUGGAGUUGUUUGGGGAGAGGAUGAUCGGGAGGGAUUUUAGGCCGGGUGGGUUUGCGGAGUAUUUGGUGAAGGACUUGGGGAUGGGUGUGGACGUUGUGGAGGAAGGCGAGGAUGAGAAGGUGGUGGCGUUGCCCGGGGCUGCAUUGUGUAAGCAGUUGUUUUCUGGGAUGGUGGCUAAUGGGGAUGGGAAGCUUGGCACUCAGGGUUUAAUCACUGUUAUCGAGAGGAUCAAUGGCAAGUGAGAUCACAAGCACAACCCAAUCACACAACCUAACCUUUGGAGCAGUGUUUUGGGCUCUGGUCUUUUUCGGAGUUAAGGGUCUGUCAGAGAGAUUGGCAAUUUAGCAUGUACAAGUGCUUGAAACAUGUUUUGAUCGUUUUGAUUGGGUGGUUUUGUAAUGGGUCUAAGACUCCAAGGUGUUUGAUGAAAAUAAUGGAUGUGUUUUGGUGUGUAUUUUGUCCUGCUGGACAACGGGUUUCUUAAACUUUGUUUAGCCAAGAUUUGAGAAUCUACAAGUAAAUGGAAAGAGAGAGGCAUUGUGAAAUUGUUAGAACCCCGUUUUGUAUUAAGAUUGUUCAAAAAUUUCAAUGUGGACAUGGUAGUGGAUGUCUGUUUGUUUU